AAUGCCCGUACAAGCCCAUCCGUCUACCCCACGCAAAGCCUAUCGCCUUUGUAUCGCUUCCUAAGCCCCCGAGGUCCCCCAAAUCUCCACGUCCAAAUCUCCCUUUCGAUUUCGGUUUCCGAUGGCGCCCAAGGCCGAGAAGAAGCCCGCGGAGAAGAAGCCGGCCUCCGAUAAACCGGCGGAGGAGAAGGAGAAGAAGGCGGUGGCGGAGAAAGCUCCGGCCGAGAAGAAGCCCAAGGCCGAGAAGCGUCUCCCCAAGGAAGGCGGUGCCGGCGACAAGAAGAAGAAGAAGAAGGCGAAGAAGGGGAGCGAGACCUACAAGAUCUACAUCUUCAAGGUCUUGAAGCAGGUCCACCCGGAUAUCGGCAUCUCGAGCAAGGCCAUGGGUAUCAUGAACUCCUUCAUCAACGACAUCUUCGAGAAACUCGCCCAAGAGGCUUCCCGUCUCGCCCGCUACAACAAGAAGCCGACCAUCACCUCUCGUGAGAUCCAGACGUCCGUCCGUCUCGUUCUCCCCGGCGAACUCGCGAAGCACGCCGUCUCCGAGGGCACUAAGGCUGUUACCAAGUUCACAAGUUCUUGAUCCGUUCUAGGGUGUCUUGGCCUCCGUGUGGUCGGAUCUAGAAGUCUAGAGUUGUAAUCUUGGAUCUUUCCGGUUGUUAUUCUCACAUCUUGACUCCUCCUUCUCUGCUGUAAUCUCUUCCUUUCAUGAUGAGAUAUACUGUCUUCAAGAUUUGGCAAUGAGGAAGCGACUUUCGUUUAGAA